CUGCAGCUGGUAUGCCUUAAUUCUGGAGUCCCUCAAUCUGUCCUUCUCCGGAGUCCGGGCGACCAGAUUUCCGUUCCGGCGUCAGCUAUUACCUUUACACCACCACCACCACCGUCACCGCCUCCACUUCCACCCAUUCCCGACCAACAUAUAUGGUUGCAGUAAAUUCUCGCGCAAACCCUAAAGCCUAAUCAAUUACGAGUAUACAUGGACUUCCAACACCAUCACGGCUAUAGCCGUCCCCCGCCGCCUCCUCCUCCGCAUCUGCCGUCCAUGACGGAUCCCCACUAUCCUCCACCACCACCGCCACCGCCGCCGCAAUCUCAGAUGCCGCCUGGUACACCACCGAACUCUUGGUACCCAUCGCAAUUACAGUACCAUCCACCUUCCCAUCAAUCUCCUCUUCCUCCCCCUCCUCCUCCUCCAUAUCAGUGGGGUCCGCCGCCACCUCCACAUCACGCUCCUUACCCUUCCCAUCCUCUUCCACAUAAUCAUUACCCUCCUCCUCCCCAGCCUCGGCCUAAUCUUCCUCAUCCAGUUCCACAAGCAUAUCCUCACGCAAACCAGGAGUGGGGGAAUACAAACUGGGGACAUCAUCAAAGUUUGGAAUACUCAGCUCACAACAAAGAAGAAGAUUGGGCUGCUAAGGCUAGGGCAUGGGCUGCUGCUAAAGCUGCAUCUGACAUCCCACAGCCACAAUUUACACAAGCUGGUAGACAUGAAGACCCAAGUAAUCACUAUGACCGGUAUCCCCAUUCUUCCGAUCCACAUUUCCAGGAUUCUCAUAAACCAAGAGUUUGGGCACCCAGCUACCAACAGCUUACGGAUGCAGUUGCACCCUCUCAUAAUGUACCAAUCGGUCACUCGCAAGACUUUUCUUAUGUUCACGAUGAGCAUUUAUCUUACACUGCUAGGGAUGAAAGUUUGACUGGUGAUCCAACAACUGCAUUGCCUCAGCAAGGAAACUCGUCUGUAAGUCAAUUAGCCAAUUGGCCGGAGGUACCUUCUAGUUAUUCUUCUAUUGCAGGUAAAGUGUUUGACUGGGGUAGUUAUUUUACAUCUUAUGCUCAUUUCCCGGAAUUCCUUACCUUUACCAGCCACUAGCUUACUAUUAACCAAAUUCCUCUCCAUUUUUCAUUGUGGUAUCCCUUCAUUCUUUGUAUCACAGUGAGCCAUUUGAGAUUCAAGAUUUAAAGUUGCAUAUUUUUUUUGUAUCCGCACACUGUUAAUUGCCUACUACCAAGGGAGAAUUAUUUGUUUUUAUAGUGUAAUUUAGCUGGCAUUAUUAUUGCUACAUGCUACACAAAAGCAAGUUUUAUUAUAUCGAUGACAAUUUCAGGAUUUUUUGCAUGUGUACCAUGCUUCUUUAUCUUGAUGUGUAUAUUGGUAGGAUCUGUUUUAGAUUUUAUGGGAGAAAAACCUUCUCUAUAUAGUUCCACAUUCAAGAAUGAAUCUUCUUAUCAUGAAAUUCAAAGAAUUGCAGAACUGCAAAGACUGCAUUUGUUGUAAUCGAGAGAUACUUUCCCAACCUUUUCUUUGAAAUAAUUCAAUUAUUUAAGAUUUCAUUUCAGACUACCAAUUAUAAGCCAUUUUACUAGUAACUGUAAUGGCAGGGGAAGAUUUUGCUGGAGAUCAAAAUGAUAGGCCAUAUAAUUCUCAAUCUUUACAUGUCACCUCUGCUGUACAGCAUAACAUAAAACCACCACCACCUGUUGGUCCUAGGUCUACAAUGAGGGAUGAGUCUCAUCACUCAUUUGGGGGACAUUUUACUGAGGCCCCUAGUAACCCAAUGGACAAACCAUUAGAGUUUGCACCACAUGUUAAUCGUGACCAUGGUUUGCAUAUGCCAUCCAAUUAUUCAUACUCUGAUUCAGUGGGCCCUUUGAAUGGUGUUGACCCUGCUUCAGAAAUGACUUCUACUUAUGCAUGGCCUCCAACUACCGUUGGGAUUGAACCUGCCAUGGUAGGGCCUUCUCCAGUUCCUGGACUCCCUGCACCAGUUUUUGGGAGGUUACCUGCACCGAACUUUCAUUCAACAGUCCCUUCUGUUGGCCCCAACUUUGGUAUCAACAAUGGACCUGCUGGUGCCACCUCCAUUGCUUUUCCUCUUGAUGGCUAUGAAAUGUCCACUGACCGCCCUAAGAAGGCUUCUGUGCCCAACUGGCUCAGAGAGGAAAUUAUUAAGAAAAAAGCUGUCAUCACUAGCUCAGCUCCUGAUCUCCAAAGGGAAGAUGUCCUCGAAGAUGAAGAUAUUAACAAGCCUUAUAGAAGAGGUGAUCAGCUAGAUAGUAAAAGCAUUGAUUCAUCAAGAUCUACCGAAGAAGAGGAUGAUGAUGAUGAGGAUGAUGCUGAUGCCGCUAGGACUGCAGCAAUAAAUCAGGAAAUAAAGCGUGUCUUGACAGAAGUCCUCUUAAAGGUAACUGAUGAACUUUUUGAUGAAAUUGCGACAAAAGUUCUUAGCGAAGAUGUCCUCAGUCUUGAAGCUGAACCAAAUUCCGCACUUUCCAGUCAUAAGGUGUCAUCGUCUGCACAUGAUGUUCUGACUCCCAAGGCUUCUGCUACGGUUCUUGUACCAUUUAAAACUAAAGAAAAUUCUGAUAGUGAUAGCAAGAAGAGUAGCUCUGGCCCCCCUGGGAAUGUGCUAGGUCUUGCAGACUAUGCAUCUGAUGGUGAUGAUAAUGAAAUCCAGAGUUAUGUUAAUGCAAAUGUCGAUAAAGUUAAUUAUGCUGAGCAGUCAAUUGUAAUAAAACCCAUAGAAGGAAAGAAGCCAAUUGAGAAUGGCAGUUCACAUGAAAAAAUUGAAAAGGAUGGUAGUAUUUCUGAUAAUGUAGAGAAUGCUAUGAAAACAAAUCCGGAUACUUUGACUGUUAGUUUUGACAAAGUUGGUACACCAUCAAGUGAUGAUAGGGCGACUAUUGAACUUGUGCGUGAAGAUUCUCGACCAUCCUCAAAGACUAAGUUAGGACUUGCAGAAGAAACUGUUGCUGAGGAAGCGGAUGUGGAAAUUGAAGGACCAAAUAAAAAUUUCGAUAGUAAAAAGAGAAAACCUGAUCAUUCUCAUAUACGGGAAGGCCAAAAUAACUCAGAUAAGAGUGGUGCUCGUUACAGCACUGCAGAUGAUAUUAGUAAAUGCAAACACAAGGACAUAGACAAUAUCAAGGACAGGACCUUCAAGACAGAAAAUGAUAACCAUAAAUAUGUCAAGGACGAAAAAACGAAUGUUCUAGACAAUAAAAAAGAUCGAGUGAAGGAUAAAAAUGUAAAGUCUGCACAAAAAGAAGAGCCUGAUUCAAGGAAAAAAGCUUCUAUUGAUACCUCAGAGAGCAAGGGGAUGACAGGCAGAGAAAACAGGUCAAGCGCUAAAGGUGAUAUUGGGAAAGGGAGAGAAAAAAACAGGGAUGAAAGGCGAGAAAAAUCUAGACGCAAAGAUGAAAGUGACUCUGGCAAACACAGGAGACAACGGUCCUCUUCUAUUGGAAGCAGGGGUAGAGAGAACAAGGAUAACUUAGUUAGCUAUCCCACUGAUUCAAAUGAUGAAUCUUCUGAUGAUUAUAAAAGGAAGCUUUAUUCAAGAAGGCGCAGAUCACCUUCACCAGUCAGGGCAAGAAAAAGACAAGUUUCGAGGUCUCCUCGUAGCAAGCACUCUCAGCGCAGGCAUUCUCCCUACUCUUCUCUUGAGCCAACCAGGUAUUCUGCUUAGUGUGUUCUUUAUAUUCGUCUAUUUCGUGAUAUUUUUGGAUAACCUACCCUCAUCCAUCAUCAUCAUCUACUGUAACCAUAUGACAGGUGAAACUCCAUAGUAGCCAAUUGUAAAAUAGUCCAUGAAAAAUACAAUCUUGUGUAUAAACUAGUUCAAGUUUUAACUGCAGGAGUAGGAGGUCCAGAUCAAGAUCUAGGUCAAGGUCUCCCAUCCGGCGGAAGAGAUGAAUGCGACUGCGUUGAAAAAAUCAACGGAAGCUGGCGAGCUAUCAGAUUUCCAGCAUGAUUGGUGGAAUUGUUUGUCCAUCAUCGCGGAAUGAUUCAAUUGGCAACGCGAAGAAGAGCUCACAGAUUUCAAUUGGGAAGGCGAAGUGUGAUAAGGCGCGGGUUAGCCGUGGAAGAGUUUUGGUUAUAUUGUGCUGUCAUUU